UUCUGUCUAGAAGCUGCAGAUGACUGGGUUUAUUCGUGGCUCACUGUACCUCGGGCAGCAGGACUUCAGUUUUUUUUGUUCUUCAUACAUUAUUUUAAAUAGUGAGCCUCCUCCGUUUGGAAAGAGAGGGGGAAAGGCUAAACUUUGAGUGGGACUGAUUGGAAUAGCAAUGAAUAUGAGCGUGAUGCUGCCAGAGCCAAACUUACUGUUGGCUAAUGGGCUGAUUCUGCCCAGCCGUCCCAUCAAAUCGCAGAAGAAAUCUAAAAAAGCUUGUGUUUUCUUUGAGGUGGAGAUCUUGGAUGCAAGGACUAAACAGAAGCUCACCUUUCUGGACAAGGUGGAGCCAAAUGCGACAAUUGGAGAGAUCAAGGUUAUGUUCCACAAGAACCAUACUCGGUGGUAUCCUGCCAGGCAAUCCAUUAGGCUGGAUCCAAAGGGCAAGUCACUCCGGGAUGAGGAAAUUUUGCAGAACCUCCCUGUUGGUACCACAGCCACCCUUUACUUCAAAGACCUUGGUGCUCAGAUUGGAUGGGUUACAGUGUUUCUCACUGAGUAUGCUGGACCGCUGCUGAUUUACCUGCUCUUCUAUUUCCGACUGCCGUUUAUCUAUGGCCCUAAGCACGCUUUCACCUCAAGUCCCCAUUCAGUUGUGCACCUUGCCUGCAUUUGCCACUCCUUUCACUACAUCAAGAGGCUGCUGGAGACUCUGUUUGUUCAUCGGUUUUCCCAUGGCACCAUGCCAUUCCGAAACAUCUUCAAGAAUUGCACUUAUUACUGGGGUUUUGCAGCCUGGCUGGCUUUUCACAUCAAUCACCCGCUGUACACACCACCUGCUUAUGGGGACAAACAAGUGAAAAUUGCUCUUGCUAUAUUCCUGUUCUGCCAGCUGGGAAACUUUUCAAUUCACGUGGCACUGAGGAAUCUUCGGCCACCAGGCUCGAAGGCGCGCAGGAUCCCCUUCCCGACGAAGAACCCGUUUACCUGGCUUUUCCUCUUGGUGUCUUGUCCUAACUAUACCUAUGAGGUGGGCUCUUGGAUUGGCUUCACAAUCAUGACUCAGUGUCUUCCAGUUGCUUUGUUCACUCUGGUUGGUUUUGUCCAGAUGGCAAUCUGGGCCAAUGGGAAGCAUCGUAGCUACUUGAAGGAUUUCCGUGACUACCCGCCUCUCCGCACACCAAUCAUCCCGUUCCUGUUGUAGGCAGCAAUUCUGUGAGCCUGGGUUGGGGAGACAUUGUGACACCCAGCCCCUUUGUCUGUGUCUGUCUGUCUGACCAUCCGUCCUGCAGUAAACCAAUCACGAGCUUCAGCAGAGUUGUUUGAUUCUAUCCUCCUCGUGUUCUUGCAAAUUUUUUUAUAGUCUUAGGGCAAUUCUAUCUCUUUGUACAAUAGGUAAUUAUCUAUUGGUGGGAGGAGUGGGAAUCUUAAUCUGCUGUGAUCGUGUGGAUCUCUUGCUGAUCUUUAAUUCUGCUAUCCCCCCCUCCCUGAGCUCUGAUUUCUCUGUGGGAUUCCCUAGUUCCAUUAGAGGCUGGACAGACUCAACAUACCAUACAUAAAACUGUGUCUUGGGCUCUACAAUGUCCUUUUAACCUUUGCCCAAUCUUUUAUGUCAAUGUGAAGCAAGUUGGUGUAAAGCAGCAACUGAUUUCUCUGCGUCUUCGACCCUAUUCUGUUAAUCUCCACUCUUCCAUCUCUCCACACACCACCCCUGCUGCCGCCGCCGCGCCCCCCCCAAAAAAAAACAAAACUAGGAAGUUGAAUCUUAAUGGUGUAAUUUAUGGUUGGACAUGGGGAGGUCCUCCACAAACUGUGUCAAGAGUCCUGUUUCCACUCUUCCAUCUCCCCCCCCCCCCCCCCCACCCAAUCCCCUGCCGCCUCCUGUCACACUGCAGCCCCCUACACCUUUUACAAAUGAAGGGAAUAAAAGGAGCUUUACUUGUAUCUAACCCUGCAUUAUAGCUGUGCUGGAGAGAGCUUUACUCUGUAUCUAACCCCGUGCUGUCCAUCCUAGGAGUAUUUGAUGGGGACAGACUUUGAUCAUUAGCCACGAAUCUUGUUCAGUCUGACUGUAGCACACUCUGGUGCAAUCUGCAGUAGUGUAAGAUUUGAGCUGGUUCUUUGCUGCUCAGUCCCAGUUUAAUGAUAGGGAUGUGAGCAGCUCAACUGAUGUAUCUGUAACUUUAGUGUGUGCUUAGUAGAGAUUAUGUUUCAACAUCUCCACCUGGAGCUGGCAAAGAACGAAACCACAGCAGUUCUUAGCACUUAUUGCUGGUAAAUUUUGAUUUAAUAAUUCUGCUAAGAAAAUAGAUGUGCACUGAUUGGGAAGGGGUUGCUUGUUAACACUAUAUAGCUUUCCUGAGUUCCCAUUACUUUGAGGAUUGUGAGCACCAGAAUAUUGGUUUUCUCUUCCUGCUGCUUAAUGUAAUCUUGAGUCUUAGUAUCAACACUGUCUUUGUUCAAUGGUAAUGCGUUUCCAAAACUCUGCUUCUGAUCUCUGUUCAACUUUGAACACACCGUGUUAAAAAUAGUGUUUGCAAGUUACUAGUGGAAAAUUGACAUUUGAAUAUCUAUUUCAGAUUUUUCUGAAUGACUUAUUUUGUCUCUAAAUGUUUGUGUGGUAGAAAAUUGAUCAGUGUUUCUUUCAAACUUUGCAAUGUCGGCAAUAACAUUGUUUACAAAGAAACUGAAUAAACUUGAUUUAUCUCUA